UGAACGUUGAAUACCUAUUCCUUACGUAUACGAUGUAUGCUCAUAACUAUCUUUGUAGUUUGUAUCUACAUUAGGUAAUAUCUGUUCGUGUAUAGUGUUUGUCUUUUCCAGAAGUUAGAAUUUCCAAUUUCCAUCCUGACCAAGCGUAAAAUAUUACAUUCAAUAUUACCAACUUCAACUUCACAUUCGCAGAUGUUUCGAAGAAUUUUAUUGUUGCUUGCCAUCGGCCAAUUCGUAGCCAUCAAGUCGGAAAACAGCCAAAAUUCCACGUCAAUUGAGAAAACAAUCGCGACUGAAACAUUGAAAAAUAUGAUCGGGCAAGUACGUGCUUAUUGGGAGGUAACUCCUUCGGAUCAGAACAUUCAAUUUGGCCCAAUAUCGUGGGAAAUAGUUUUGCAAAUGCUGCAAAUUAAACUUUAUCACGAAAGUUUAUUGGCUUCUCUCGCUCCUAAAGACAAAUACUUGGAAAAACCAUAUGCUUUAGCAGGCGUACUAGAUAAACUGCAACAAACAUCCAAUGCCCAGCUGAAAUUUAUGAAUGCCAUAUUUUACGAUCAAAGAAACACAUCGAAGCAUCUUCUGGACGAUUUAAAAUCUUACUAUCACGCCGAAGCUCUCGAAGUAUCUUUCGAUUCGGACAAUAAUGCAGCAAUUUUAGCUUCGUUGAAUGAAUGGAUGAAUAGAAGUACCAAAGGACGAGCACCUAACACGGAAAAUCUAAAUACCAAAGGGUUGACCAAUUUACAGAGCUCUGUGUUAAGUUACACUAGUUGUUGGGAUACGUCGAAAACUUCGACCAACUUUAUCAAAUUGUUGAAAUUUAAAACCCCAAGCGGUGAAAUCGACGUCGAAACGUUCAACGUGAAAGAAAAAAUCGGCUACUACAACAAUCGUGGAAAAAAAUACGAAGCCAUUAGAUUACCUUACAAGAAGGGUGAAUUCGCCUUGAUCAUAUUGUUACCUAACCAGAAUCAGUCGUUGGAAUCGAUUAGUAAACUUACAGUAAACGAUUAUCAAGAAUUGUUGCAACGUGUGAGUGAAAAUCACGAAAAUAUCGAAUACUCUAUACCUUUUAUGAAUUUGACGACGACUGCUGUGCACGAAAAUGGUACAAGUAUAAACGAAGACGAUACAAUUAUUUGUGAAUGGUCGUCGACUCAGAAAGCUCGAGUGAAUAAUGAGACCGGUUACAAAUCGUUUCACGUUAAUAGACCAUUCGCCAUGUUUCUUUAUCACGAAAAAACAAAGAUCAUUUUAAUGUAUACGUUCGUGAAAGAUCCAACUUUGGGUAUAUUGAAAUCUCGCGAAUUUAAGAUCAAGGUGACAGCAACGAAUGAGAAAACUGAGCUUCAAUUAAAUCGUUAAAUUGUGUACCUAAAUUUGAAAAAUCUGAUUAAUAAUGUAGUAUCACUCAAGUGUAACUACUCUAUUAAGACGUAUAGGGAACCUUUGACAAAUACUAAUGUGCUUGAAAAUUUGGCAGCAUUUUUGUACAGAUGCCUGCAUCCACAUAAUUUUAUACCUACUUAGAUAUAUUUUACAUAUUUUACAUUGCCAAAGUUACCCAGUACCCAUCUCACGAUUAACUUAUUCUCACAUGAUGUAAAAUUUGAAAAUACAAAAUAUUGUUUCUUGAA